UUUAAUUCUUAUAAUUAGUUUUUUAAUUGCUUCUUUGCGAAAACUUAUCAGUUUAUCUUUCAGCCGAUACCAGUUCGAGUGAUUGUUAUUUUUUUCACGAAUUAAUUUUCCAUUCGCGAUGAUCAUUCGAUUUGUGGUAUGGUUCUUAUUGGUGGGCAGUUUGCUGGCAGCGAACGAGAAGACCUCGUCACUCGACGAUUCAAAAAUCUCGCAUCAUAAGCAAACAGUACAAAAACGCAGCGACGAUGGCAGCCAAACAGCUCCGCAGAAACGUGGCCUUUACGGUUUAGAAGCGGUGGAAAUAGCGCACGCUGACGCUGACGCUGCACCUCAUCUACCUUCAUUCGCGACAUAUUCGUCAACUCCAGUACCUUUGGAGUACUCUUCUGCGGGGUCAUAUGUCGAGUCAACUUCCGCGUACCCCGAAGUGAUCAUAAAACCGUCUUCGGUACCCGUGAUCUCAGCACAUUCGCAUCCUCAUCCUUUGCCAACUCCGGCUGCUUACGAAGACGUACACGUAAUAUCAUCGACUCCGGAUACUUUGGUGCCAUCACCAUCGCUACCGCCACACGGUAUCCAGCUCGAUCCGCACGUCAAAGAAAUCACAGUCACCAAAGAGGUUCCAGUGCCUUAUUACGUGCACGUUGAGAAAAAAGUCCCUUAUCCGGUCUACAUUCAAGUUCCACACCCGUACCCGGUGACUGUAGAAAAACACGUCCCUUACGAAGUGCGAGUUCCAGUCGAUCGUCCAGUUCCAGUGGCCGUACCUAAGCCUUAUCCUGUGCACGUGGCCGUCGAAAAACCAGUACCAGUACUGGUAGAAAAGCACAUUCCUUAUCAGGUCAAAGUGCCAGUCGAUCGUCCUUAUCCGGUUCACGUGGCUGUUGAAAAACCAGUACCAUAUCCGGUCCAAGUGCUAGUCGAUAGACCCGUCCACAUACCUAAACCAUAUGCAGUUCGCGUACCAGUCGAGAAACACAUACCAUAUCCGGUCAAAGUGCCCGUGCCCGUGCCCGUGCCCGUACCCGUUGUUUCCACUCACGAGAAAAAUUACCACUAUCACGAAGAACCCACCUACGUGAAAGCUUAUCAUUAUCCUUCUCACUCUAGCAAAUACUCGUCGCCUUGGACCAGUCUUUUUAAACGCGAUGCUCAUUAAAUUCCCAAGUUCCUCUAUAAAACGAUCGCCUAGUACGAAUUUUUUUGUCAUUUCGUUUUGUUUUCACCCAUCAUACUUACAUUUCCUUCGAUCAUGUAAUUUGUAUUCCUUCGUUUGAUUUAAUUUAAUUUUUCAAAGUCAAACUUAGUAUAUGGUACUAGACAUAUGAACCUUCGCGUAGGUGGAUUGCAAUUACUGUAGCCAUUUUCAAUGAAGAUAGCUGACAAUGCAAUUCUUGGUACUUUUGAUGGCGGAUGGAAAUUAACAAAAUAUUGUCACUCGAGUAACUUAUGGUUUCAAUUUGUUUUUUUUUCAAUCGAUAUACAGAAUGUAUUGACAAACUGCGAUGAAUUUUCAUAUUUCGAGAAAACUUCCAUCAACUCUUCGCGUAUCAAAAAUACCAAGAAAGAAAACCCCUUCUUAACGCUAGUACCUACAUGCUCUAAAGUUACCAUUUACCUAUGUUGAUUAGGUACCUACAUAGGUAGGUAUACCCAAAGUCGUUGUAAUUCGACCUAAUUUUAUUUAUUUUAUUUAUUCGAUUAUUUAUUUCGCGCGUAAUUCAGUUAGCUCGGAUUUAUUUAAUUAAAUUAUCAACUUUUGUACAAAAAUGUAAUAAAUAAAUGAUUUAUACGUCGUGUA